AUGAAGUAUAUAAGGAGGAAAAUUGGGCAAGACUCGACACUAGCGUGCCGAACCUUGACUGAACGCGACACAGGAAAAGGAGGGUCGAUGAAGGAAGACGAUAUCAGGCCCUGCGCCUCCCACGAUCCAGUAUCAUAUCCCGACGGGUACAUGGGCCGUGGGGCCAGACGGGUCCCUGUGGCUGUACCCGGACACAAACGGAGUGGACCUAACACACAUGGUAGCGCACUUGCCCUGUGGAUGGACCUGAACCUUGUUGUGCCCGUAGCGGAAGAAGACUCCGGCGUUUUCAUCUGCACGACGCCCGAGGGCUAUAGCAACUCCAUCGAAGUCAACAUCGCUCGCCCUGCGCCUCCCACGAUCCAGUAUCAUAUCCCGACGGGUACAUGGGCCGUGGGGCCAGACGGGUCCCUGUGGCUGUACCCGGACACAAACGCUCACCUGGAUUGUGUGUACCAUCGCGUGAACGGGACACCUACCUGGACUUGGAACAACACGGGCAUCGCCAGACUGAAGGCGGUGGAGGUUGUCAAGGAAUUCCAGCUGCCCAAGGAGUACCCGCCACCCAACUACCCCCGAGGAAAAAGAAAAGUGGACUUGCCUGUUUUGAAAAGAAUUAAAGACUUAUUGGGCAAAUGA